AUGUGGCCUGAAGGAUUUGUUAUUGCAACUUGGAUUUGGUUACUGGUUUUGUCCUGGGAAAAUGAUUUUCUUGGCCUUAAAGAGAAACAUAUGAAGAAAUCUUACGGGAAAAAAAUGGUAUCUCAAUCUGAUAUUGAUCAAUCUGAAGCAUAUUACCAAGCUGCGGGGGGAGAAAAGAAGAAUACAAUAUACGGUUUUGGAUCUAAAGCGAAAAAUUACUACAAGCAUAAGCUUUGUACCUCAUUAUCUGUACGACCUUCAGUUUCUCAAUCAACAUCAACAAAUAUGGAUGAAUUUGUAAAGCAAAUGAUUCCUGCACUUACUAAUCAUUUUCUUCAUGUUAUUAUGGAGCGGGUACAAGAAGUGACUACUCCCAUUGACAAUCCGUCACCUUUGACCCCCAUAGUGCCUCAUCCUACUACUACUAAUGAGAAAGAGGUUGAUCCCUUAGUUUCAAGUGGCGACGAUGCUAUCCCAUAG